GAUUCGAACCCGCACUCGGUAAGGCGGAGUCCUACUGGACGUUCCAAGGAGGUGGGGGUGGGGAAUCCAGCCCUGAAGACUGCCCACCCGGCGCCUCGAGCCCCCACCCCCGCGGCAGCUCGGGCUCUCCCCGCGGUCCUGGGUCACAAAGGCGGUUGCCAGGCGCCCGGUGGAGAAAAGAUGCGGCCCGGAAACAGCGGCUGCCACUCUGGAGCGUCCGGCCCGCGGAGUUCAGCAGGACUGUCAAUGGCAGGAUACCAGCUCUGGUCACCAUGGACCCCACUGGACGAGAGCUUCCAAUGGCUGCGGCACACAACACCUACACCUUCUUCAAAGCAUCCCUUUAGGGCUUCCCCCUGUUUCCCACAUACCCCUUCUGACCUUGAAGUGCAGCUGUGUUUUCAAGAGGUCACUCUAGUCUUAGACAGCCCAUUUCUGGAGCCUGGGAUGAGUCCCAAGUUACCCUGCCACACAUCAGAGCUCCGAACCAUGAACAACAAAAAAGGGCUGGUCAGGAAGCCCCAGCCUGUCCGCCUCAGUGGAGUGGAUUCUGUGUUUGGCAGGGUCAUCACAGCUCAGCCACCAAAAUGGACUGGGACCUUCAGAGUUUCAGACAAAUCAGCCUUUUGCAAAAUCAUCAGCCGGGAGAACCAGUGGCCCACUGGACUUAAGGAACCUCAGAUUCAGAUGACAGUGACCAUGUGCAAACAGAUGCUGCGCUCUAUCCUUUUACUGUAUGCAACGUACAAGAAGUGCACCUUUGCCUUGCAACACUCCAAGUAAAGGAUCCCCAUGUGAUUCCGUUUCUUAUAACACAUCCUAUGCUGUGUGCCUGAAGCUUACAGAAACCUGUUCAUGUAAAGGAAACUGACAUCACCCGAGCCAUCUUGCUUUUCUGUCAAGCAAUGACAAUUCAGGAACUCCUUUCCUCCUUUCCUCCCCAAAGGCCAGGGACAGAGCAAAGGAGAGCAUUUCCAUUGUAAAGAUGAACAACAUUUAAAAGAGAGGCAAACUAGUGUUGACAUGUACAUGUGAGAAAGAACCAUUAAACCAUAUAAACCAA